AUAAUUGAGCACCACCGUAACACCAUUAUCCAGUACGUUUCCCUCCCAUUAAACCCUCUUGAAACCCUAAAUAAAUCCUCGAUUUUUCUGAAGCAUUCCCCAAACUUGCGAUGAGUUUAGUAGCCGGAGCAAAGCAAUCAGCCCGUCUUAUGCUCUGCUCUUCUUCAUCAACUAGACGCCUGUUUCACCUUCAUCCCAUUCCCCCUAUUCAGCAUUGCAACUUCUACUCCACCAGAUCUGCUACUACAGUUCAAAAGGUGACCAAGCCCAGGACCCAACGGAAACCUACUGACAAAUCCUUCAGUUUCGCGCAGACAAUCGAGAAACAAGCCGACGCGCCGCCGAUCUGGCCUAGGCCUCAUCCGAUAUCCUACCACCCUAAAAUUGCCAAUAAUUUCAGUUUUAUCGGUAAUGUUGCGCUUCCUGUUAAAUUUGUGACUGAUUCUGACGGGAAAAACUUCACCGUUGCCGUGGUUUCUCUGGCGGGUGAUGGUAGGAGGGCUUCUCUGUCGAUUCCUGUUGUGUUUGAGGGAGAUUUGGCUCAUGUUGCGGCUUGUCAUGUCAAGCAGAAUGAUUGCGUUUUUGUUUCGGGGCAAUUGAGUGUGGAUCCGCUGAGGUGUGUGUCGAGUGAGAGUCUGGGAAAGUUUCAUGUUAUGGCUGAGAGUGUCAACUUUGUUGAGGGAUUUGAUAAGAGUGAUUUGGAUACAAGAUUAGUGAUUUCUUAUCCGGAUGUGGAGAUUGAAGAGCUUGGUAGGGUUAGGAGUAGGAAUGUUGAUGAUGUCGAUUAUAAUCAGAUUUCUCAAGUUGAAUCCGGUGGUGCAAAGGAAAUCCCAUUGUAUGAAGCUGAGGCAGUGACGCAACAAGUGGUUGCUGUGGAUAAUGGAAAUGUUGAUGGUAGUCACAACAGUUGGGAGGGUGCUUCUAAGAAGAAAGACACGAAUCAAAUCUUGGAUUUGUGGGGUGAUCUUGUGAAGCAGCCCCUGGACUGGUGGGAUUAUCGCAGCCACAAAGCUAAUGGCUUGGUUAAAGAGAAAUUCCCCGAUUUUAAGAAGAAGGGGACUUGGGAGUCCCUUUGGCUCAGCAGUGCUCCGAAAUGGAUUCUCCCAACGCUUGGAAAGCUGGAAUUUGAUGUUAAGGAGAUGAAAGUGGAGAAGAAGGUUUAUGGAGGUGAUAGUGAGAGGAAACAGAACACUGAUCCUAAGAAUUCUUGGGAGGAUUUGGUUGAAAACCCUGGCAAAUGGUGGGACAACAGGGUGGGAAAGAAAAAUAGAAAAGCACCUGACUUCCGUCACAAAGAAACGGGUGAAGUGUUGUGGCUGGACAAAUCACCGGAUUGGGUACUUUCUAAGCUACCGCCUGUGAGAGGUGGCCAAAAUACUGCCUGAGGAAGAAACAUGUUGAAAAUUUUGAAGAGCUAGGAGUGACUGAUACUUGAUGUGGCGGUGCUGUCUUGAAUAUUUGGAGUCUUUAGAAAACAAAUACUACAGUAGUAUUAUUUUGAGUAGUGGUUAGCUAUGAAUAAUAUUGUGAGGCAACAGUUGGAGAAACUGAUCUGCUUGAAAUGUUUGAAGAUUCUAGUCCUAAUCCGUUUGUAAAGAUGUUGGUAUUUUAGGUGUAACUUGUUUGCAGGUGAGCAGAUUUUUGUGCAAUUUCUCUGCUUACUGCAAUUUUGAUGCUAUCAACUUUAUGAAGUUAUAUUUCA